GGCCUGCAUCUAAGCAUGGGGCGAUCCUUGUUACUACCAGGGAUGUUCUAGUUGCUACUCUACCUAUCGACGAAGGGUUAGAGGUUGAGGAGUUCGGGACAGAUGACGGAGCGGAGUUUUGCUCCAGAUGGCCUCUAGCAGAAAAAGAAUCCCCGGUGAGAACGAGGCUGCUCAACAAGUUUCGACUCUACUCGGCGGUUUACCGCUGGCUUUGAACCAAAUGGCGGCUCUUAUCAAUUCUAGAAGUUGCUCUAUUGAGGAUUUUCAGGCCAUGUACAUCAAGCAUGAGCAGCGUCUGCACAAGCAGAAGAAGAGCGGAUGGAAAUGAUUGGGAUACAAGCAUUCCCUCGACACGGUAUUCGAGAUGUCCUUUGAAAAUCUCGGGAAAGAUGCACGAGCCUGCCUCGGGGUGUUGAGCCUUCUCUCCGCAGACUCGGUGCCGUCAGAGAUGUUCAUGGUGGCAGAUCCCUCAGAUUUGCCUGAAUCACUUGCUUUCUGUACAGAUGAGUUUAGCCUUGGGGAAGCUCUAGAGGAGCUGACUCACCACGCUUUGGUGAGAAAGAACAUUGAGAAGGACACAUUCCGCAUCCACUGUUUGGUGCAAUCAGAGUACCGAGCAAGAAUGGAUGAUCGCCAAGAGCAGUUUGACGCUGCGACCAAGCUACUGUUGCGAAAGUUCCCUGGUGAAUGCGAGAACAAAUAUGACGAUGACGAAUGGAUCCUGUAUGAGAAAUACAUCCCACAGGUCCUCGCUCUUUCCAAGAACUACGCCGAUUCGCAGACUAAACCGAAUCCCUUGAAGGCCAGCAUGGACUUCGUCAACCUUGUGAAUGCAGCAAA